AAACUACCUGACGGUCCCAAAAAGCAUUAUCAAUUUAUGGUCAAGCAGAGUUUCAAGCAGCACGUGAACGAAAGCGAUCCUGAAAGAAUUAAACAAAUAAUUCAAAGGUCUUAUGAAGAUGCUGACUGGAUCUUAAAAAAGUACCUUAAAAAGUAGUAAACAUGCAACAGAUUCCUUUAGCACAGUGUUCUACACAGUUAGAUAUAAAUAAAUUUUGGGAAGUUUUACUAAUUUACCACAACAGGCCCCAUUUAGUGAAUCGUAAACUUCUAGCUGCUUCGCAAGUUUUAUUCUGUGAAUUAAUUAUAGACACAAAAGGUGUAAGCAGGGUGAAAGAUUUAUUUACAAGACCUGCAUUGAUAUAUGAAAUUAGAAAAUUAAAAGAAUUAAGCAAACAUUCAAUUACUACUGAUUUAAUAAAGAAUAUUGUAGAAUGCUAUGAUAAAAAUGUGCAAAUCAUUGAAAAAGAUUUGUCACAUUUUAAGUCUGCCACCACAGGAAUUUUUAUAUCCAUUCGAAUAUUAUUGCCAAGAGGUAAUAUUCCUGAAAAAUGUGUGGAGGUUGUAAUACUGGACAAAGAUAACAGAUGUGCAACUUUUUUAUGUGCCUCAGAAUUUAAUUCAUCAAAUGUUCCAAUUCCAGUAUUUCCAUAUGAUAUUGAAUUAACCACAUCAUGUAAUCUAAGAUUGCUAGUCAAUGAGAUUGAGGAUGCUGACACAAGUUCAGCAGAGUGGUUAUGCAAUAAACUCUUUACAAAGUUGUUAAAAUGGUCUCAGAAUGAACAAUCUGAAACUACAUCUGUUUCUUUAUCAUUAGUGUCAUCAGAUGAUUAUUGUUCACUGUAUGCCGACUUAAAGAACAAAUAUGGUAAAGAUUUGGUUAAAAGGUGGUCAACAAAAGCCACAACUAGUCCCCAGAAAUUUGUAUUUGAGGAUAUAGCUAUAGCAGCUUAUUUAAUUUGUAUUUGGAGGAAGUACAGUGAAAAACAAAACAUUGAUUUUGUUGACUGUGGUUGUGGCAAUGGGUUGCUGGUUUAUAUACUUAAUGCUGAAGGGUAUAGAGGGAUAGGACUGGAUCUAAGAAGGAGACCCACAUGGGAUCUUUAUCCAAGUGAUAUUGGCUUGAAGGAGGAAAUUGUUACCCCAGAUUCCUUGUUCCCAACAUCUACAUGGAUAAUAGGAAAUCAUUCAGAUGAACUAACUCCAUGGAUCCCAGUAAUUGCUUUAAAAAGUUCGUCAAAAACCAAUUAUUUUCUUCUUCCUUGCUGUUCCUAUGACUUCAGUGGUAAAAAAUACAUACGACAAAACGCAAGGGUUAGUGCAUAUUCUGAUUAUAUGGACUAUGUACAACAGAUUAGUGAAAUAUGUGGAUUUUCUACCAAAAUAGACAAACUUAGAAUACCUUCAACAAAGAGAACUUGUUUCAUUGGAUUGCAAAGAGAGUAUAAGGACAAUGAGUAUCAAAAUGUUCUGGAUAGAGUAGAUGCUUUUCUUGAAACUAAAUUGUCUCAACAUACUUUCCAACAUAGAAUUGAGACAAAUAUUCCUAGGAAUUGUACUCAAUUAGAUAAAGGAUUUAUUAAUAAAAUUAUACAAGUUUCUGUAAAUAAAAUUCUGUCUAGAGAACAAUACAUAAAUAAAGAAAAUGAGGACAAAUGGAAUAAAGGUACUGGAGUAAGUUUAUCAGAUUUAUCCAAAGAACUGGCUAUUGAAGACAAGAAGAAACUUAAAAAUGAAUGUGGUGGUUUACAAACUUUAAUCAGAAAUCACAGGUACAUUUUUGAAAUGAAAGAUGAUGAAGUAUGUCUUAGACUUCCUUAUGCUCUUAAGGACACUGAAAUGUAUAAAACUAAACCAUGUUGGUUUUAUAUAAAUCAUCCAGAUGGUUGUAUACAUGAAUCCCAAAAUUGUGCUUAUAAUCAUUGUAAAUAAAUAGUUAUCAAUGCG